AUGAGCACUGUGCGUGUUCUUCUUACCGUUGCAGCAGCAAAGAAUUGGCAUCUUCAUCAACUUGAUGUGAAUACAGCUUUUCUCCAUGGAGACCUACAUGAGGACGUUUAUAUGAAACUUUCAAAGGGGUUGCAGUGUUCCGAUCCAAACUUAGUCUGCAAGUUGACAAAAUCUUUGUACGGUUUGAAACAAGCUAGUCGCCAAUGGAACAUCAAGUUGUCUGCUGCACUUGCUGAUCUGGGGUUUACUCCAUCUGAAAAUGAUCACUCGCUUUUUACCAAAUCCACAGGUACAACUUUCACAGCUAUUCUUGUUUAUGUUGAUGAUCUUGUGUUAGUUGGAGAUGAUUUGAGUGAAAUUCAAGCUGUCAAAAUAUUUUUGGAUGAUAAGUUCAAAAUUAAAGACUUUGGCCUUCUUAAGUUCUUUAUUGGGAUGGAGGUAGCACGAAGCAAUGCUGGUAUUGCACUGUAUCAAAGAAAGUAUGCAUUGGAUUUGAUCACAGACUGCGGUUUGCUUGGUGCAAAACCAGCAUCUACUCCUAUGGAGUACACUACUUCUCUGUCUAAGGCUUCAGGCUCCCCUCUUCCUGAUGCAACCAUCUAUCGUAGAUUGGUGGGCAGACUUCUGUACCUUACUAACACAAGACCAGAUCUCAGCUACUCUGUUGGAUGCCUAUCUCAGUUCAUGGAUUCACCAACUGAUGCCCACUUGAAGGCUGCCUAUAGGAUCAUCCGGUAUCUAAAACAAUCACCAGCAACUGGCUUAUUUUUCUCUGUCAACAAUUCUUUCACACUAUCUGGUUACACUGAUUCUGAUUGGGGGCUUGUAAAGACACCCGAAAAUCCAUCAGUGAGUAAGAAGCAUGCUACAGUUUCAAGGUCGUCCUCAGAAGCAGAAUAUCGCGCCCUUGCUAAUGGCACUUGUGAACUCGUUUGGUUACUCAAACUACUAAAGGAAUUCAACAUUCUUCCUCCUCUUCCGGUUGAUAUCUUCUGUGAUAAUAAAUCUGCUAUCUAUAUUGCUUCAAAUUCUGUCUUUCAUGAAAGAACCAAGCAUGUUGAGGUUGAUUGUCAUGUGGCUCGAAACAAGUUCAAAGAAGGGGUUUCUAAUCUUAGGCACGUUGUCUCCAGUGAACAACCGGCUGAUCUAUUCACUAAAUCCCUUCCUCCAGGACCAUUCUCUCAUUUGCUUUCCAAGCUGGGAUUACUUGAUUUGCACAAACCACGUAAUACCAGCUUGCGGGGGAUGUAA